AUGAAUGAUCCAUUGCAUGUUUAUGACGAUUACGCAAAAAUAGUAACAACACAAGAAUCGAGGCAUAAGGCACUUAUUAUUGAUGUCUUUUCAGGUGAAGGUCCCCAAUUUCAAUGUGGUGGAACUAUCAUUAACUCCAAAUAUAUUCUGACAGCGGCUCAUUGUGUCGUUGAUAAGAAAAUCGAAGGUGUCAGAAUAGGAGAGUACGACAUUAACACGGAUAGAGACUGCGAAUAUGAACCGGAUAAAGUUAUCUGUGAAGAUCAUAUUCAGGAUAUGUAUGUCAAAGAAAAAAUACCACAUGAAAAUUACCAAAGAUCACCAACCUCGAAUGACAUCGCGUUGUUGCGAGUAGACGGCGAGAUCCUCUUAAACUACACAAACGUGGAACCGAUCUGUCUACCACUAUCAUCUUCACUACGUAGCAAAAGUCUAGAUAACAAAAACGGCACAGUAGCGGGAUGGGGUUACACUGAAACUGGUAGAGAAUCUGCAAUACUGUUGAGAGUCGAAGUUCCUGUGAAAACUGACGCUGAAUGUAAAGGCUACUACAACAGAAAUAUCAGGGAUGCCGUUAAGAAACAAUUUUGCGCAGGAGAACUAAAAAAGGAUUCUUGUAAUGGUGAUUCCGGAGGACCUCUAAUGAUGAAAGCAAACUACAAUGAUGUUAAUAGUUACGUCCAGUAUGGGAUCGUGUCGCACGGUCCAAUGCAAUGUGGAUCGUCGUUCCCAGGCGUCUACACAGAUGUCAGAGAAUACGUCGAUUGGAUAUUAGACAAUAUUAAAGAAUAA